CCCUUUUUUUGACUUUAUUUCACUUUCACUUGCUUAAAGACUGUCAUUUUCAUGCUUGUGGACGUGGGUUGCAGUUAUAUCAAUUUUGGAUAUUAGGGUUUUAUCGUUUUAUUAGCUGUAUUUUUGCUGCUCUACUGUGGUUCUGUUUUGGGUUAGGUAAAAAGAUUGAUUUUUGGGUUUCACUGUGAAUCUGAAAUUGUGUGAUCAGUGCAAGUGGUUAAAGUUGUAGACUUUGAGCUGAUUUGGGGAAAUUGGUUGAUUACUCAGUGAGAAUGUUGAGUUAUGAAGUGUAGACUUGAAAGAUGGGGUGUGUUCUGGGUCGGGAGGUUUCAUCAGGCUUAGUACACAACGGCAGGGAGGAGAAGAGGGAAGGUGUGAAUUAUGAGAAGAAGAGUAAGAGCAUUAGUGCUGCUGAAUCUACUGAAACUUUAGAGGUCAAGGGGGCGGAAAAUGUAACUGUUGAUAAUGAAGCUGUGGAAGCCAAUGAAGGUGAUGUAACUAAGAAGGAGGACAAGGCGGAACAUGACGGAAAACCUAGGAAAGAAAGGAGAAGGUCGAAGCCUGAUCCAAGAUUAAGUAAUCCACCUAAGCAUAAACAUGGGGAGCAGGUUGCUGCUGGAUGGCCAUCCUGGCUUUCUGCUCAUGUUGGGGAAGCAAUUGAUGGUUGGCUCCCUCGACGUGCUGACACUUUUGAGAAAAUUGAUAAGAUUGGCCAAGGGACAUACAGUAACGUUUACAAAGCGAGAGACACCAUAACUGGUAAAAUUGUUGCUCUGAAGAAAGUGCGUUUUGACAAUCUAGAACCUGAGAGUGUGAGAUUCAUGGCUAGAGAAAUUAUCAUUUUGCGACGACUAGAUCAUCCCAAUGUAAUCAAAUUGGAAGGUUUGGUUACUUCAAGAAUGUCAUGUAGUUUAUACCUGGUAUUUGAGUACAUGGAGCAUGAUUUGGCUGGGCUUGCUGCAAGUCCAGAGAUCAAGUUUACAGAAGCACAGGUUAAAUGCUACAUGCAACAGCUAUUAUCUGGCCUUGAGCAUUGUCAUAAUCGUCAUGUGCUUCAUCGUGAUAUUAAGGGGUCAAAUCUUCUUCUUGACAAUUCCGGCAUUCUCAGAAUUGCUGAUUUUGGAUUGGCUACUAUUUUUGAUCCUCGGCAUAAGCAUCCUAUGACUAGUCGAGUGGUUACUUUGUGGUAUAGACCACCAGAGCUGCUUCUAGGUGCUACUGAUUAUAGUGUAGGCAUUGAUUUAUGGAGUGCAGGUUGCAUCUUAGCUGAGUUAUUGGCUGGAAAACCUAUUAUGCCGGGUCGAACUGAGGUAGAACAACUGCAUAAGAUAUAUAAACUAUGUGGCUCGCCGUCGGAGGAGUACUGGAAGAAGUCUAAGUUGCCGAAUGCAACACUAUUCAAGCCCCGAGAACCCUACAAACGAUGCAUUAGGGAGACUUUUAAAGAUUUUCCUCAGUCUUCACUUCCGCUAAUUGAUACAUUACUUGCAAUUGAUCCAGCUGAGCGCAAGACGGCAACUGAUGCAUUACAAAGUGAAUUCUUCAAUACAGAGCCAUAUGCUUGUGAUCCAUCUAGUCUUCCAAAGUAUCCUCCGACCAAAGAAAUGGAUGCCAAACGGCGGGAUGAUGAAGCUAGACGGCUAAGAGCUGCUAACAAAGCUCAGGGAGAUGGUACUAAGAGAGUACGCCAUCGUGAACGGGCCCGUGCUGGCCCUGCUCCAGAUGCCAAUGCUGAACUUCAAGCUAAUAUUGAUCGGCGGCGCCUAAUCACACAUGCAAAUGCAAAGAGCAAGAGUGAGAAGUUUCCCCCACCACACCAGGAUGGAGGACUUGGUGUUCCAUUGGGUGCUUCACAUCACAUUGAUCCUGCCCUUGUCCCUCCUGAUGUGCCAUUCAGUUCGACCUCAUUCACAUAUUCAAAAGAACCUGUACAGAAUUGGUCGGGGCCUUUAGUAGAGCCUGCUUCAGCUGGUGGAAGGCGGAAGAAGCAUACUGCAGGUGAUGCUAGGGAAGCCAAAAAGCAUUUGACAANCAGGGAAGCCAAAAAGUAUUUGACAAGGAAAAGAUGA